UUAAAGCUGGGAGUUACAGAACUAUGUACCUGUCUAAAAUUGUGGCAUUGUCGGGGGCCAUAUUGGAUCCUCACCGGCACGGAGCAGCCUGGUCUGGAUCGGAUUCUCCUGGGGCAAGAAACGGGAACCAAAGCGACACAUGAUGAUGCCUGCGACCACUCUGGGCUACUCUGCAUUCUGUAGCUAGAUAUGUAGGAAGCUGUAUUUCUGUAACCCCCACUUAGUUUGGGGGGGGGGGGCUUUGGAGGGAAUCUGGGUUGUAGGUGGGCUUUCUUUUUUAAUAGCCAAACAUGAAUUGCUGCAUGUGUGUGCUGGGGACCCAGCGGCGAUCCUGAAUCAUUCAGUCUAGGAGCCCCUAUUUGUCUGUAGCUUUAUACAGAGCUGGCAGAGCAAUGAGAAUGCCGCCCCCAAAGUGAGAAACAGAAAACCACAUAAAGCAACGAUGCAGCUGAAUCAUCUGUGUUCAGCAUCCCAUGAAAAAAGUUCAGCCCUUUGGCCAAAGAAUAAAGAGAAUUGUAGUUCAAGACAGCCGGAGAGCUUUAUAAUGUGUGAGAUAUGUGUUUUAACAUAAUGGAUUGCCUUACAGGCAGUGAAAUGGUUAAUUUUCUGUCAGUGAAAAAGCAAUAUGGGAGAGUGUAAUUGGUUACCUUCCAAGCAGAAUUUUGUUUAUUCAUCUGUUUCCAUAGCUCCAGCUUGUCACUCAUUAAAGUGCCUUUUCCUAUAAGCAUGACGGAGGAGUAUGUAAUGUUUCCAGCCAGCAGUGCUGUAAUGCCUCACAUAUGCUUGGAAGUGCAAUGGAAACACUCAGAGCCUUGGCUCAGCACCGUCUGUUAAUCCUCUCAAAUGGAACUAAUAUUCACCACAGCCCUUCCUUGAUAUGAAACAUGUUUCCUCUGUAGGUGUGGGCCACACAAGGCAAUCUCAUAAGGCAAUCUGCAGCUGCCCAAAUGCACUGUAUACAAGUCACACCCCAACAGGGAGUGUAGGGGGAGAUGCCGCUGCGUCAUGAUACAGGGGUGGGACUGUAUGUCAGAGUCCUGCGUGGACCAGUUUUUGAGAUCCGUGACCUGCAAACCACAUUUUUACAAGAUUUGACUCACUACUGGACCAUUUAACAGGAAGUGCUGUUGCUACAAACCGGAAGUGGCAUUAUCAAAUACAUUUUAAAUUAUGGUUAAAGAAGUAAAAUAUAGAUAAUUUAAGAAAUAUGAAUAAGACCCACAACCUGACCCACGACCCGCACCUAAAUCCUACCCACAACCUGCAAGGUAACUGUCCCACUGAAGGACUCUACUGUACGUGAGACAAGUCACAGCUGAGAUUGUACUUAUUUGUGGGAACAGACCAUGCAGUUUCUUACAUGCUUGUUCAUCAGGCGUUAAUCCUUUAGGUGUAUGAACUGGGGGUUGGGGAGUCCAUUUUGGAAGAUAAAAGCUAAAACAUGCACCUCUUUUGUGCUCAAAACGUAUCGAUUCUACAACCGAACGGAACUCCGUUGGAAGCAUGUGACCAUUCUAUUUCAUGAGAAGUUGGUGGAGAAUUCCCUGGUGCUGGUUCUAGAGUUCCUCCAACUGGGCUGAGAUUUGGUCACAUGGUUUUCCUGCUCUUCAUAUUAGUGACCACUUGCAUCCUAUGCAUCGAGACAUUGCCAGUCUGGAGCUGCUUAAAUGAAAACAUAUCCACAAACCUUGAGCUCAAUGGGGUCCCAUCAUUACCCCGUCCCUCCAGGACUCACCGUUGUCCAGUAGAAAGUUCCAAUCCCAGCAGCCCCUGGGAAUAAGGUUCCUGAUGUGCACCAGCAAUUGGUCAUUGCACCAUCUUCCGCUGGUCCCAGUAUACAAAACAGUAGUCGGAUCAGCCUGUCCAGCAUUUUUAUUAAUGACCCUAAUAGUUUUAGAUUGUUAACCCUGUGGUUAACUUGGGAAUAUCAUAUGUACCAAUACUUUAUCAUUGGCUUCAGUAUUUCCUUUAUUUUGGCAACCGCUCCCAUGUGUAUCCUUCUGUUUGUAUGAACCAAGGGGGCCAUUACGGGGCCCUUGUGUUUAUAUUAGGCUUGUACCAAAUCCAGGACAGGGUUCCCAAAUGCCAUCCUGAAUUUUGGGCAUUUCUAAGCACUCAAUGUGUAAAUUGGGCCAAGGCUUAGCCAGCGUGUAUCUGUCGUGCUCCUGACUUGUUCAGAUGCUGUGAUGUGCAACAUGCACGGGAUUUAGUAAAUCCUAGCUCUUAUUGGGAUAUCACAGGGAACAGGACGCUCCCUCCCUGGCUGGAACUGUACCUCCGCUGCCAAUUCUAUAUAAAUAAACCAAAGUGAUUCCCUGAAGACAAAAUCCAAGUAAAACCUCCCAGCCUGCGCGUUUGUGUAGAAUUAUUCUUAGUGUUUGGGGCCAGGUGGCCGGGGCUUCUGUCCAACCUUAUUCCUGUGAGAGGCAAAGGCAGGAGUGAGUGGAAGAGCCUGCCAGCCCCCCAGCCCUCAGCCAGCAGAAGCUCUGCUCUGUCUCUGUGCAGCCUGACUUGUACCCACUAUCACCUGCCUCCCCUCUCAUCUGCCUUCAGCUCUCCCCCUUCCUCCAGAUCUUAUCACUUCUCCAUAAUUAUUCUAUCAUCCCGCAUCAAUAAGCCAAGCUGUUACUUGUCAAUUCUUCAACUCUCAGCUCCUUUCCCAUGAAGCUCAAACCCCUCUAAGGGUGCUUUUAUAUUGCAACUGACCAGCUUGUCUCUCCCUCCCUUUAAUCCCCCCCACGCCUCCCUUUCAGCUGCCUCUCCUCUUCCAGGUAAUCAGUCUCCUGUCAGUCUCUGCCUGGCUGCUGUCACCAAAAGGAUGAAGACCAACAACAAGGUGUGGAUGCUAAAAGCAGCCAUGAUGCUACUAUUUGGAAUACUGAUUGCAAGCUGUAAUGGUUCCAAACCAGUUAAGCGACCGCCACCAAAACCCAAGAGCUGCGCAGAUCGGCCGGAGGAACACUUGGAACAGGUGUAUGGGCGACUGGCAGCGGGUAUGCUCAGUGCCUACCAUCACACACUACAGCUGCAGCCACUAGAUAAGGAGAAUAUCAGCUGUCCCGCUGGGACCCAAGGCAGAGGGGCCGGUGACGGCAAACAGCGUCUGCCAGUUAAUAUUCACAGCAUCUCUCCGUGGGCUUAUAGAAUAUCCUACAAUCCCACAAGGUACCCCAAGUACAUCCCAGAGGCCUACUGUCUGUGCAAGGGCUGCCUGACGGGGCUCCUUGGAGAAGAGGACCUUAAUUUCCGCAGCAUGCCAGUCUACAUGCCCACGGUAAUUCUGCGGCGAACCACAAGCUGCGCCGGGGGCCGUUAUGUCUAUGAAGAGGAAUAUAUUACUAUCCCAGUGGGCUGCACCUGUGUCCCAGAGCAGGAGAAGGGGGCAGAAUUAUUAGAAAGCGUCAACUCCAGUUUAGAGAAAGAAAAAUUUAAACUGCCUCUAAAUAAAAGCGAGAAGCCACUGGCUAACUAAACGGUGGCCAGAACCGACCCAAGAUGUGGCCAUUGUAGAAGCUGCUUGGUUUCCUCUUUAUUUUAUGGCACAGGCCUACGGAGAGGAAGGUCGGCAUCUGUUCCAUCAGGCUGGCGCAGGCAGGAGUUUGUAAAAGGGUGGCUCAAAUAGAUUGCAAGCUCUCUCUGGCAAAAGGUAUUUAUGCUAUUCUCUGAAGGGCUGAGCUGAUUUAUAGUGGAUUACCCUAUCACCAUAGUUAGGGCAUCAAUGAUAUAUAGACACAGUGUUUAAUAUAUUCUUGUUCUAUAAGAUUAUUAGUGAGCACACAUAAAUCUUAAAGGUUUAUCCAUGGAUAAACUACAGCAUGUUCUCAGGCUUUAGUCACUUCACUACAUAGCCAUGUAAUCAUGUAUUUUAAAUGUACAAUAAACAAGAUCAGCAGGCAGCCAGGCCGUCUCUCGACAGUCCAAGUCCUUACAAUUGGAGUAGUCUUAUUACUAUACAAAAAGGUCAUUGCAGUACUGAACAAUAAAGGGGAUAAAAACAUUUCCCAUUUGGAGGUUUGAUCUACAAAUGCCUAAAUACCCUCCUGGAGGCAGUUGGUGGCCCAAACCAUCCCAGGACUCAACCAGCUCAUCAGUAAUUCCAUUGAAGUAGGCAACCCAAAUGUAGAGAUGGAUUCAUGCAAUCGAUUCAAAGAGACGCAUUCCUGUAGGACCCACUUCUUGACCAAUUCACUAAAUGGCUUCUCAAGAUUUGCUGCAGAUUUUUUCCGCCCAGGAAUCUACUGGAGAAAGACACAAGGGAAUGUGUAAAGGUGCAGUAUGGUGCCGUAUGUACAUCACAUUUCUUGGCAUGUUCCCAUUAGUUCAGUAGGUACACUUGGCAGUUGCAUGGUAUUGAUAUGAGCCAAACAGCUUAGAAGUGAAUGAGCCAGGGAAUAUAAUCCCCCAACUUGACUCUUUAGUAUUACUGCAACACUUUUAGGUCCUUUCAGUCUAUUAACAUCAGAGAACAGGUGAUAAGGUGGCCACAAGUGGUCAUUCAAGAUUGUUUCAGUGAGAUUAUCUACAUGUGUGGGGCCCACUGAUAUCAACCAAUAUCCAUGCACCGUGUUGGCAAGGGAAUGGUGCAUCAGCAGAUGAGAAAGUGAAUAGGAGCUGUGGCUUCACACAAAUGAUUGGAGCAACUGAAAGGCGGCUGUGUGUGGCCCCUUGUAUUCUUUACAGUCUAAACUUACUGGCUGGACUAUAUCUGUAAUCUGGUCCAACAGUCACUAUGCCUCAUAUGUUGUUUCCAAGGGACUUUACAUUAGAGGAGCCAGCAACUCUUUUCUCAUUGUGUAACCUUUACCUGCUACGAGUUUUCAUUUUCUCUGUCGGUUGAAUGAUGCCAGCUGUGCUCCCUGCAAGUCUCCAUCUUUGUGUAACCCCGUGUCCUGUCAGCGGUCUCACAAAAGCAACUGCGUGCCACUCGGCCCCCCUCAGUACAAUCUCUCACAAUAACGCCCCGCAGGAGUGGGUGCCAUUCCUGUCACUGCCAUGUGUCACAUACACCAUUUAAAUUAAGACUGAAAAAAUACAUUUACAGCAAUAUAAAUUUCAUUAAAACUAUGUAGAAAUUCAAGUGGAACUAUUUUAAUUAAAAUAUUAUUUGAAUAA